GCCUCGGAGAGUAACGCGGGAAACGUCGCUGUGUUAGUUGUGUUUUUCACAGGACGACAACAACUAAGUCGAAUUGACUCAUGAUACUAACACUAUUUGGGUCAAACUAACAUUUACCCCCCAUAAGGCCCCUCCAGAUAUCCUUUUUUUAACCGAGUUAAUGUUUUAACGCUGACUAUAGUCCUCCAGCGGUUGUGUGGAGCCAGCGGAUGAGCCUCGACAAGAAGCAGCACUUUCGGUGAAUGAAUGUCCCCGCGCGCUCUCGUGGUUAGCUCGGACACAAAGACGAAGCUUUGCUAGCUUUAGCCUCCAGGCGCCGGUCGGUCGAGGCUCUCCACUCCCAUGGAGUCGUUCCAGAAAGUCGAGAAGAUAGGAGAGGGUACUUACGGGGUGGUGUACAAGGCCAAGAACAAGAGCACCGGAGAAACUGUCGCUCUGAAGAAGAUCAGAUUGGACACGGAAACCGAGGGUGUUCCAAGCACCGCCAUUCGAGAGAUUUCGCUCCUUAAAGAGCUCAGCCAUCCAAAUAUUGUCAAGUUACACGAUGUCAUCCACACAGAAAACAAGCUAUACCUUGUUUUUGAGUUCCUUAAUCAGGAUCUAAAGAAGUUCAUGGACUCCUCCACGGUCACCGGAAUCCCUCUUCCUCUCAUUAAGAGUUACCUCUUCCAGCUGCUGCAGGGCUUGGCGUUCUGCCACUCCCACAGGGUUCUUCACCGGGACCUGAAGCCUCAGAACCUUCUCAUCAACGCCCAGGGGGAGAUCAAGUUGGCGGAUUUUGGUCUGGCAAGAGCGUUUGGCGUGCCUGUGCGUACGUACACACACGAGGUGGUGACAUUAUGGUACCGAGCACCUGAGAUCCUGCUAGGCUGCAAAUUUUACUCCACAGCUGUUGACAUCUGGAGUCUGGGAUGCAUCUUUGCUGAAAUGAUCACCAGACGGGCGCUCUUCCCUGGCGACUCCGAGAUUGACCAGCUAUUCCGAAUCUUCCGCACCCUGGGCACCCCCGAUGAAGCCACGUGGCCGGGAGUUACAUCCAUGCCGGACUACAAACCGUCGUUCCCCAAGUGGGCCCGCCAGGAUCUCUCCAAAGUGGUUCCUCUCCUGGAUGAGGACGGUAGAGAGUUACUCGGAGAAAUGCUGCACUACGACCCGAACAAAAGGUUAUCCGCCAAAAACGCCCUGGUCCAUCGAUUCUUCCGUGAUGUCACCAUGCCGCUUCCUCAUCUGAGAAUCUGAAUUGCAGGGAGAAAUAAUUAGCUUCAAAUUCUUAAUAAGCAGUAAGUGGCCUGAGUUGGUGGCAUAUUAGGGGAUGUUUGGUAUCUGAAGGUUAUGCCAUAUGUAAAAAAACAACUUAGAUCGUGCUUUGUUAGUACUAACGACUGUUUUGUACAAGCCUUCACAGAUUUCUUCUAGUUUAGGAAGCAAACCCUUGUUAUUUAAAUAGCAUGUUGGCUUUAGAGCCUCCAAACUUAGAUAAAAAAUCAUUGCUAACAUUUUUCGGGAUAGUGCAAAUAUCAACUUUUUAUUGGUCUUUCCAGUUUCGCAGUGAAAGAACUCGGUGAAACUAUAAAAAAAUAUAUUUUAUUCCUCAUCUUUGUACAUACACUGUUAAAGUUGCAAUGUUUGCAUUGUAUUCAGAUUUUACACUUUUUUUGUGUGUGGCAAUUUUCUUACUCUCAAUUUUAUUCUCCCCUAAUGAAGCGUUUUAACAUGGCUGCUUGUUAUUGACAGUUGGAAAAAAUAAACUUGUUUAUA